AUGUUUAUCAACCAUACUCAAAUAAAUUGGUAUGUCAUCGAUUAUUUCACAUUUAAGUUAACAAGAAGUACUUCAAAUGAUGUACUGCGAAGUUCUGAAGAUGAAUUAUUUAUACCUCAUCGAAAUAUGUCAACUACUAAAGUACAUUCAUCUCGGUAUCGUCGUUGUUGGAAAUAUUCACAAAACAUACUUUCUUUUAUUCUUCUUGGCAUUUUUAUAAUUGUUUGUUUUGGUUUGACUUAUGCAAAUUUUCAAUUGAAAAAUGAAGUCCAAAAUCUUUCAUCACGUCUAGAUGAAAUUGAAACGAAAUUUUCAAAUACGCAAAUGAACAAUAGUUUAACAGUUAUUGAACAAAUAAAGACUCGUCUUAAUUUUCUUGAAAAUUGGAAUAUUUCAUUUGUGUAUAAUCAAUUACAAAAAUUAAAUGCUCAAAUGUUACUAAAUAUUAAGAAUGACGUUUUUUCAACGAAUCAGCCGAAAAUUAAGGACAAAUCAAUACACUCUAAUGAAAAUAUCAAUGAAUUCGAUAAUUUGGAAACAGAAAUCAGAUUAGGAACUAUGAUGAACAAAAGUGUUGCUCGAUGGAAUGAACAAUUCAAUUCUAUUCGAAAUGAAAUUAAAAGUUUUAAUCAAAAUAUUCAAAUAGAAUAUUUAAUACAACGUUUAGAAAAAUUAACUUUUCUUGUACAUAAAUCAUCCGAUAAAAAAUCCGUUCUGUUAAACGACUUUCAGUCCGAUCUUGAUAAAUUACGAAAAAAAAUAGAUGAUUGCAAGUGUUCACAAAGUAAAUCAACUCUUCUCAAUGACAAUUGA